UUGGGUCGGGGCCGCCUCUAUACGCGGCCAACUUGGGACUUCGCAGGCGCUUAGCACAGCGCUCUGCACACGGCUGCCGCCCCGAUCGGUAAUGGGUUCCAAAUACGCCCCCUCGCUCCGGCUGUUCCUGCCCCUGUGGACCCUCCUCCUGGAAGCGGCCUUCAUCCUCACCUUCAUGUUUCUCAUUCCCUCUGAGGCUCCCGCCAACAUGUUGAAGGAUUCCCUGGAGCUGUACUCAGCCUUCCAGGAUGUGAACGUCAUGGCCGUGCUGGGCUUCGGCUUCCUGGUGGCCUCCCUGCGGCGUUUCUCCUGGAGCGGGCUGGCCUUCAACCUGUUCCUCGUGGCCGUCGGCGUCCAGUGGACCGUCCUGCUGGACGGCUUCCUCUUUCACUUCUCCGCCGGGAAACUUUACAUCGGCCUGCGCAGCCUGUUGGUGGCCACCAUGAGUGUGGUAUCCGUGCUGAUCUCGGCCGGGGCCAUCCUGGGCCAGGCCAAUGUGGUCCAGCUCCUGGUGAUGACGCUGGUGGAAGUCUCGGCCUUCUCCAUCACCAGGUGGCUCAGCCUGGAAAUCCUCCAGGUGGAGACCCACGAGUUCAUGAUGUACGUCCACAUUUUUGGGGCCUAUUUUGGAUUGAUGGUGGCCUGGUUCCUCUGGAAGCCACUGCCCAAGGAAGCCUUGGAGAAGGCCAAGGCAGCAACUACCACCGGCUUAUUUUCCAUGCUGGGCACGCUCUUCCUGUGGAUGUUCUGGCCCACCUUCAAUUCCGUCUUGCUGGACGUUCACGUGGCGAAGAAGGCCGUCUUCAACACCUACUACGCCAUCGCGGCCAGCGCGGUGACCGCCAUAGCUCUGUCGGCUGCAGCGCACAGCCGAGGGAAGAUCGAUAUGGUCGACGUACACAACGCGACGCUGGCCGGCGGGGUGGCCGUGGGCCCCACGGCUCGCCUCAUCGAGUCCCCGGCCUUGGCCAUGGCUCUUGGACUGGUGGCCGGCUCCAUCUCCGUCUUGGGGGCCAAAUGCUUACCGGUGUGCUUUAACCGAGUGCUCAAGAUUCACGACACCUGUGGCGUUCACUCCACCUUCGGCCUGCCCGGGCUGCUCGGAGGCGUCGCCUACAUCGGGUUCAAUCUGGUGGAGGCCAGUUGGACCAAUUUCACCAAGAUGGGCUACCAGGCCCUGCUUGACGCGGGCAGUCUCAGUUUAGCCGUGGCUAUGAGUUUGGCGACGGGCGUCCUGACAGGUUUACUUUUAAUGUUGAAAAUAUGGAAAACCCCCCACGUGGUUAAACACUUUGAUGACCAGGCUUUUUGGGAGUUUCCCCAUUUGGCUGUUGGAUACUAAGCAAAAGCCCCGAAGGAACAGAAGGUCCGUUUGAAACCACGAAAAGCACAUAUUGGUCUUUCUUCUCUCAUCGAGAAAGACACAACCGACAUUUUCCCUCUAGCCGGGCAGCGGAACGUGGGAACAGAAGCGAUCUUGGAUGAAUUUCUGAUGCUUACAAAAGUCCUGCCAGUUUUGAUUAAACCAUAUUUAAUCGUUAAUAAUAAAUCUAAGGUUUCAAUCUU